UUUCCUAGGUCCCAUAGUGUUGGUAGAUUGUCGAAUAUACCCAUUCAGUCCGUAGGAUCGUAGCAAUAUCAGAGACUUUUUACUUGAUUAACUGGCAGUGGCUGGAAAGCAGGAUUGCUUAUUUAGGGGAAAGGAAACUUGGACCUUGGCUCUUCUAUAUUGAAGAGUACCUUCUGGGUACCCAACUUGUGGAUAUUUUCAUCUUUCAUAAGUUUGACGGAGGCAAUUUUAGUUGUGAUAGAUUGGGAUAAAGCAAUUGGCACUUAUUGUUUCGAGGAGUACAAUCUGAGUUGUGGUAGUCACUUGCUUAUCGUGGUUGAUUGUGAAGCAAGAUUGGCUGUUGAAGUGGAAGAGAGAAAUAGUUUUGUUCAAACUCGGUAUAUCUUUGUCGAAAUAUAAUAAGUUUGGGGUAAGGGCAAGAGGUGGUGGAGAAGGUGAGAAGUGUUUCUGUUGUUAUAGCUGAUCAUGUUCACUGCUCCUUAUGGAAAGAAGUGAACCCACCUUAGUUCCAGAAUGGUUGAGAGGUACAGGAAGUGUUACUGGGGGUGGCAGUUCAGCCCACCAUUUUGCAUCAUCUUCUUCUCACUCAGAGGUUUCUUCUUUGGCUAAUCAUCUGAGAAAUAGAACCUCAAAGAGCAUAAGUGAUUUUGAUACACCGCGCUCUGCUUUCCUGGACCGUUCUUCCUCUUCCAAUUCCCGGAGGAGUUCUAGUAAUGGUUCCGCAAAGCAUGCUUACAGUAGUUUUAACAGAAGCCACCGUGAUAAGGACCGUGAGAAGGAAAAAGACAGAUUAAAUUUUGGAGACCAUUGGGACCAUGACUCUUCUGACCCUCUGGGAAACAUUUUCACCAGUAGGGUUGAGAAGGAUACUUUGCGACGUUCUCAGUCUAUGGUGUCCAGGAAGCAGAGUGAGCCUUCGCCCCGAAGAGCUGCUAUUGACUCAAAAAGUUCUAGUAACAGCAAUCAUCAAAAUGGCAAUGGUUUGCUUUCUGGGGUUGGAGUUGGUAGUCAGAAGGUUGUGUUUGAUAAGGAUUUCCCCUCACUUGGAACUGAAGAAAGGCCAGCUGCAACUGAUAUUGGAAGAGUUCCAUCCCCUGGAUUUAGCACAGUUGUUCAAAGCUUGCCUGUUGGUAGUUCAGCUUUAAUUGGUGGGGAGGGGUGGACCUCAGCUCUGGCAGAGGUCCCUUCAACUAUCAUUGCGAGCAGUAACUCAGGGUCCUUUCCUGUUCAACCAACUGUUGCUACUACUUCAAGUUCUGGGGCAUCAACUGCAAUGUCUGGUCUUAACAUGGCUGAAGCAUUAGCACAAGCUCCAGCAAAAGCUCGCACUGCUCCUCAGUUGUCUAUCAAGACACAGAGGCUUGAAGAAUUGGCAAUCAAGCAAUCAAGGCAAUUAAUUCCAGUGACACCUUCAAUGCCCAAAGCUUCUGUUCUCAAUUCUUCUGACAAAUCAAAGCCCAAAACAGCAGCCAGAACUGGGGAAACAAAUGCGCCAGUUAAAGUUGGACAACAGCAGCCCUCUCAAUUGCACAAUCAAUCUCUUCGUGGUAGUUCUGUCAAGUCUGAUGCUCCAAAGACUUCUAAGUUCCUUGUUCUCACCAAAGGAUGGGAAAAUGGAGUCUCCUCUUCACCAAAGGAUGUCACUAGCCCAACAAGUAAUGCCAGCAGUAAAGCAGCAAAUAGCCCACUUGCUGUUGCUCCCCCAGUUGCAUCCACUCCCUUAAGGAGCCCCAACAACCAGAAGCUUUCAUCUGUGGAGCGCAAGGUAGCUGCCUUGGAUCUGAAAUCUGGAUCUACGUUGGAAAAGAGACCUUCUUUGUCUCAAGUCCAGAGCCGGAAUGAUUUUUUCAAACGCUUGAAGAAUAAAACCUUGAUGAACAGUUCAAUUACUCUCCCAGAUCCAGGCCCAAACAUUUCAUCUCCUACUAAGGAGAAAUCUGGAGAAAUACAUAGGGAAGUAUUCAGUGAUCCUGCGAGCCCUCACACCAUUGAAAAUGGUGCUCUGGUGACUGGCAAUGGUGAUAGCUCUGAAGGUGUUCAGAAGUUUUCCGAUACUGCCCUCAGUGCGGCUGUUUAUCCGGAUGAGGAAGAGGCUCGUUUUCUUCGAUCCCUUGGUUGGGAGGAAAACUCUGGGGAUGAUGGUGGCCUUACAGAAGAAGAGAUAAAUGCAUUUUAUGACCAGUACAUGAAAUCACGACCAUCUCUAAAAUGCCGAGGCAUGCAGCCAAAGCUUGCUGUGGCAUCUGAAUCUCCUGCGACUAAUUUGGGUGGGGCUCGGUCUGAAUUGAGCUCAACUGACUCUGGGUCUGAAGCUUGAUUUACAUUUUCCCUUACACAUAGAUCCAAGAAUUUUCAAUUUUUUGAUGGCAGAUGGUUAGUCUCUUUUCUCUUUUGUUUUGCGAAAAAAGAAAGAAAAGAAAGAAAACUGAUGAGUUUGGGUAUGAAAGAAAGAGAAUGGGUUUCGGUUCGAACUCUGGAUCCUGCAAAUAGUGCAAUAAGUGUUACAGGUGCCCCAAUCCUGUCUGCCUAAAAUGUUUCUUUUUCGUUCGUUUAGGUUUUAAGUUUCAUGGGGGGAGAUAGGUUAGGGGCUAUUUUCUCUGCAGUGGAAGAAGAAUGAGGAAUUGAUAUUUCGGUGUAUUUGGGUCCUUUUCUUCAUUUUUUUUUCCUUCCAGGAGGGUUUUCAUUCUACAAGAAAAAGCUUACGAUGUUUUUUGGUCAAAUUUUACGGAAAAGGAUAAAUUAAAAAGGGGUUUAUUUUUA